GUCCGGGUUCCUAUUUAACCGUAUUUUCCUUUCGUUUGCUCUACCGAGCGGCUUCUUUCCUGCAGAAAGUGACGAAAGAUGAACCGAGAAAAGAAUAUUUUCCUUUCCGUUCGUCUUCUCGGAACCUUCUUGCUUUUAUCGCAAGUCUUUGCCCAUCGAUUAAAUAGAGAGAGGAGAAGUGGAAUAUCUGAUCAACGUUUAGCCGAACUAGAAACACUUUUGGCACUCUCCAAGUUUAAGUCUUUCCAUACACCCGUCGCUUAUGGUCUUCUGGAUCUAGAGAAAAUAGGAAAACGCAAAAGAUCCAUAGAAGAUGCGAAGGAAGAAGAAAAGAAACGUUUCUAUCCGGUCGACUUCAGAGGCGAAGACACAACUCCCACAAAACCCCGGAGGAAAAAUUCCGCUCCAUCGGAAAGAAACGAGAUGAGAUACGACGGCCGACGUCGUUAAAAACGGGAGAAAGUGCCAUCGAUUGGUCGCAAGAUCGAAACGUUAUCCGUCGUCGUAUAAAAAUAGCGUAUAAUCGAAACGUUUGGCAAAUUAUUCUGUUCUUAAUUUCAAAAGAGAUCAAAAAUAUUCCAAGACAAUUAAUCAAAAGGCGAUAAGGAAAUUUUACAAUCUCCUACGGACACCGGAAGAAAAGUCGGCUUCGGGAGAUGUGCGAAAAGUAAGAACAACUUUCCAAUGUAAUUUGUCGUAAUUCUGCAGAUGUUUAUUGUUCGUAAUGUACUGUACGACGAUUUUCGUCUUUUUCUUUUAUUGUAAAAACUAAUGGAAUAAAUUAUUUCUAGACUAAAAGCCAAAUAAAUGUGAAACAU